AUGGAGGCAUCUUCACCACUGGCUGCUAUGCAGCCUUCUUUCAUGCACGGGUGGGGUCGAAACGACAUGUAUACUUCCAAUCCCCAUGGCCAUCUGGCAGCUCCUAGUUUCGGGCCCGGUGCGUUCAACUUUAGAGAUCUCAGCAUGCGGAAGCCCACCAAAUCGGAUUACUUCACCAUAAAACCCGUCCGUGGAUCCUCCCCCACAGCUAGUCUGGCAGCAGAUCUCUCCCAAAACUUUCACAUUGAUAUGAGCCCUCAAUUGCCAACUCCUCGACGAUCUCUCUUCACAUCGAAUCUCUAUGGAACAUUUGAUGGUCGGGAAUCCGUUACGACUCCUCCUCUGCCCUCUUCGUCGCCGGGUCCGAUGAACGAGCGAAUGGACAUCUCCCCCCUUCCACACAAACAACCAUACUUCUCACACAUCGAGAUUGAGUCUCCUACACCAGGCCAUACACCAUGUGAAGAUCCUGUUCCAUCGUCGCCGCCACGUUUGGUGGAAGCUCCGAGGCCUACAAAUGCGACAGAACGAAGAAAAUCUAUUUUACUUCGACCUUCCCUUACAAGAACCAAAGGCUUCUCGACCAAUACCUUGCCUCGCCAUCCCGAGAGUCAAUUGCCUCCCUUCCGCUUCGGUGCUGGAAGCAGCAAAUUGUCGACCACGACCUCCAUGUCCUUGGAUGAGUGUUUCAUGGAAUCACCCCCCCAAGAACGCCGACCAAAAUCUGCCAACAGCCCGGCGGUUUCUAUCAUGGGACCUCCACGACCGGCAAGACCCUUUGGUAGCAUGAACUCGAACUCGUUGCGCAAUGGGUCCCCAAUUGGCAACCAUACGAGAAGACCUUCUAAUCCGUUAAUUCGGCCGAGGAAGCAAUUUCGUAGAUCGUUGAGCAUGUUCGAGCACCCAGGAGAUGUCAUGAAGCCAAAGGAACCCGUUGCAAGCUGCCUCAACACUGUCAUGGACGUUGACGAGCUUCAUCAGCCUGUGCUGCCCCAUUUCUUCCAGGAAGGUCAACCAGAUAGCAUACCAAGGAUCACCCGGGAGACGCUGUUGGACAUUCUUGAUGGUAAAUUUGAUGGCCAAUACGAUCAACGUAUGAUAAUCGACUGCAGAUUCGAGUAUGAGUUUGACGGGGGUCACAUCGAUGGUGCUGUCAACUACAACGACAAGGAGUUACUUGCCACCCAGCUUUUCAAAUCAAGUCUUCCUGGCACCACUCUACUAAUCUUCCAUUGCGAGUACUCUGCACACCGUGCACCGAUAAUGGCCCGCAAUGUACGACAAGAAGAUCGUUCAACCAACGCCGAAUUCUACCCCAAACUCACCUACCCUGAAGUCUAUAUCCUGGAUGGUGGGUACAGUGGCUUCUUCUCUGAACACCGAGAGCGAUGCUUUCCUCAGAAUUACGUUGAGAUGGAUGCUAAGGAGCACGCCUACACCUGCGAGCGGGAGAUGGGUAGACUUCGCCAGAACCGAACAAAGCUGAGCAGAGCACAGACCUUCGCUUUUGGCCAAGGCCAAAUAGACGAUAGUCCAACCGCACCCAGUCGGUCCAAGGGUGGAAGCAGCGUGGAUCUAACAAUGAUGGGCAUGGACAGUUCGCCUAUGCUGAAUUACGAUCGAACACCAGCACGACGUAUGGUAUCAUUCUAA